GACUCCUCUUUGUUGUUAUGCACUAGACCCAAAAUGGACGCCGUACGAUGAGGCCGGCGGCAUAAAAACCCUAGCCCUCGGUCGCGCCGCGGCAUGGCCACCGCCACGACCUACACGCUCCGCCUCACCCCGCCCCCGCCGCCGCCGCGGCACCACGCUCCUCUCCUUCCGCAGCUCCGCCGCCGCGCGGCCGCGAAGGUGUCUGCUAGCUGGGUGCCAGCCGGCGGCGGCAACUCGGACGACGGGCUUGGCGGCUGGUGGCUCCCCGAGCAGCCGGCGGAAAAGGGGAGGUCAGGGUUCGGGAAAGCUAUUGUGGUCGGAUUGGGUGCGUCCGCAGCGAUCGCUUUGGCUGGGAUCACUUGGCGCUCUCCAUCCUCGAGGAAGUGUUUACAGCAACUUAUCGGUGCCCCAUUGCAUUAUGUUCAAGAGAAGCUUUCAGUGGCGGACUCGACAGAAAUUCCUGAAGAUGAUGCAAGCGUUAGAGAGCUGGGUACAAUUGAUGUUUCGAGGGUAAAUGUUGAUGAGAGGAAUGCCACAUCACCUGAUGAUUCAAGCCAAAACCACAUACCAGCUGGUGGUGUUCGUAUUUCUUUUACAGUCCCUGUAGAUCCCAUGCAUGAGGAAGCUUUGUCCAUAUUGAAGAAGCUACAGAUAAUUGAGAAUGAUGCUAGCUCCGGUGACUUCUGUACUAGGAGGGAAUUUGCAAGAUGGUUUGUUAAAUUAUGCUCAAAAUUAGAGAGGAAAAGGAUGCACAGGAUCAUACCGAAUCUAAUAACUUCUGGUUCAGUCGAAAGUGCGUUUGAUGAUGUAAAUUUUGAUGACCCGGAUUUCUUGUAUAUUCAGUCUUUAGGAGAAUCUGGCAUUGUGCCUAGCAAGCUAUCAAGCUUCUUUGGAACAUCGGCAAAUGGCUCUCAAAGUGCCAACAGAAAUUCCAACUUCCUACCUGAAAGUUAUCUGUCACGUUUUGAUCUUGUUAACUGGAAACUACUAGUGGAGUAUCCAUUUGCAUCAGAACUAGACCAAAAGAUGCUGAGUAAAAAUGUUCAUACGUUGGAUUUGAGCGCUUGGCCAGAUGUAACAGCGUCCGUAUUUGUGGACUUGUUUGGCGGUGACCACAGCAUCGUCAGCAAAGUUUUUGGAAACACCAGGCGCCUUCAACAUCAUAAGCCUGUAACAAAAGCACAAGCGGCUGCUGCACUGACCAGUGGUAGAAUGGAAGAAGUAGUACGCGAUGAACUAAAUAGACUUGAAGCAGAAAAUCAGUCCCGGCUUUCUGCUAUGAGUGAAAUGAUGGAAGAGUUAAUUAAUAGAGGGGAUAUAAAACAAUAUUGGGAAGACAAGAUGAAAAAGGAGCAAGACCGUGGGUUUGAAGUUGAGAAGCAUCUUCAAGAUGUUUUGCAUGAGCUUGCAAAUGAGAGGACGGAUCAAGAAAAGGAAAUUGCAGACUUGCUAAAAGAAAAAUCAGCUCUAGAGCGUCAGAAUCAGGAACUCGUAUGUUUAAGGUCAGAAGUUGAUGGCAUGUAUGAUAGACUGGCCACCGAGAGUCUAGAGGUCAUGGCUGAUGAAGAAAAUCUGGAAAAGUUGUCCUCUGACAUGAGCAGCAAGCAUCAAGCUGUCACUGAAGCUAAAUCGUAUCUUGAAGCUGAGAAGGAAGCUCUUACUAUGCUAAGAUCCUGGGUGGAGCAGGAAGCAACGCGCGUGCAUGAACAUGCUGAGGUACUUGAGAGGGCGGUGAGAAGAUGGCGAGUCCCAGCUGACUGAGCCUGCAAACAAAAAUCUGGCGUUUUAUUUGGUGUGAGUCUCAACUUGCUGUAAGAAAAGGUUAUGUUCUGUGUUGCCAUUGCUUCGACUGUCAGUUAUAAGUACUUCCCUCACCAGAAUGGAAUGUCAGUAUCUGCUAGGCCCUUUCUUCCUC